AAGGCCGUUACGUUGUGGGCAACGGCCAGGGCAGUGAAGAGGUAGUUGGUGGUGGUGCCGGAGGUUUCUCUGUCUGCUGUUUUGGUACUCCGCGACCGGGGAAAGGGCAGGUUGUGUCAGGCGCCGUCCGUUACGGUGAGGGAGGAGAAGAUGAACCUGUGAGGGAAGGGAGAAGACAAGCAAGUGGGGAAGGAGACCGGCCGCGGGCGGGCGGGCGGGCGGGCAAGAGAGGAGAAGGCGGAGGCGCGGAGCGAUGUCUCAGCCGCCUCAGCAACAUCCGCCUCAGCAGGAGCAGCAGCCGGUUGCAGCCCCGAUCUCGAAGAAGAGGGACCGGCGUAUUUUCUCGGGCACUUGCCCGGAUCCCAAGUGCCAGGCGCGUUUAUUCUUCCCUGCGCACGGGCCUCUGAGCGGCGGGAGCAUCGAGUGCACGGAUUGCGGGCAGCGCCAUGAGCAGCGGCAACUGCAGGGGGUGGAGGAGGUGACGGACCCGGACUUGGUGCUGCACAACUUGCUCCGGAACGCCCUGCUGGGGGUGAGUGGGGCUGGCCCCCCAAGGAAGAACACGGAGCUGGUUAAAGUCAUGGGCCUGUCCAACUACCACUGCAAGCUACUGUCUCCGAUCCUGGCCCGCUAUGGCAUGGACAAACAAACGGGCAAGGCCAAGCUUCUGACUGAGAUGAACCAAGGAGAUGUCUUUGACUGUGCUCUUCUUGGGGAUCGUGCCUUCCUUAUUGAGCCUGAGCAUGUUGACACAGUAGGUUAUGGCAAAGAUCGUUCGGGUAGCCUCAUCUACUUGCAUGACACUUUGGAGGAUAUCAAGAAGGCCAACAACAGCCAAGAGUGCCUCAUUCCAGUCCAUGUGGAUGGUGAUGGCCAUUGCUUGGUCCAUGCAAUUUCUCGGGCACUGGUGGGCAGGGAGCUGUUCUGGCAUGCCUUGCGGGAGAACCUCAAGAAGCACUUUAUGGAGAAUCUCACCCACUACAAAGCCCUUUUUCAUGACUUCAUUGAUGCAGCGGAAUGGGAAGACAUAAUCAAUGAAUGUGACCCUUUGUUUGUUCCUCCAGAGGGUGUACCAAUGGGCCUUCGAAACAUCCACAUCUUUGGAUUGGCCAAUGUGCUGCACCGGCCUAUCAUCCUCUUGGAUUCCCUGAGUGGAAUGCGUAGUUCAGGAGACUACUCUGCCACUUUCCUUCCUGGCUUGGUACCACAAGAAAAAUGCAUGGGAAAAGAUGGCAUGUUGAACAAACCUAUUUGUAUUGCUUGGAGUAGUUCUGGACGUAACCAUUAUAUUCCUCUGGUUGGAAUAAAAGGUGCUGCUCUGCCUAAAUUGCCUAUGAAAUUACUUCCUAAAGCUUGGGGAGUACCUCAGGAUCUUAUUAAAAAGUAUAUCAAAUUGGAAGAGGAUGGUGGUUGUGUGAUAGGAGGGGACAGAAGUUUACAAGACAAGUACCUGAUGAGGUUAGUUGCUGCCAUGGAGGAGGUUUUUAUGGACAAGCAUGGUAUUCAUCCCAGUCUAGUAGCUGAUGUACAUCAAUAUUUCUAUAGACGGACUGGUGUUAUAGGAGUUCAGCCUGAAGAUGUCACAGCAGCUGCUAAAAAGGCAGUGGUGGACAACCGCCUUCACAAAUGUCUCAUAUGUGGUGCCCUUUCAGAACUUCAUGUUCCUCCAGAGUGGUUAGCUCCAGGAGGGAAACUGUACAAUCUGGCAAAAACUACCCAUGGCCAACUAAGACCUGAUAAAAACUAUAGUUUCCCCCUUAACAGCUUAGUAUGCUCCUAUAACCCUGUGAAGGAUGUGCUUGUGCCAGACUACAGUUUGAGUAGUUUGACUGCAUGCAAUUGGUGCCAUGGCACAUUAGUGCGUCGUGUCAGAAAUGAUGGCUCUGUUGUAUAUUUGGAUGGGGACAGAACUAAUACCAGAUCCACAGGUGGCAAAUGUGGUUGUGGAUUCAAGCAUUAUUGGGAAGGUAAAGAAUAUGACAAUCUCCCUGAAGCUUUUCCUAUUACUUUAGAAUGGGGUGGGAGAGUGGUGAGAGAGACAGUGUACUGGUUCCAGUAUGAAAGUGAUCCAUCUCUGAACAGCAAUGUUUAUGAUGUUGCUAUGAAACUUGUCACUAAACAUUUUCCUGGAGAAUUUGGUAGUGAGAUUCUUGUCCAGAAAGUUGUCAAUACAAUUUUGCAUCAAACAGCCAAGAAGAACCCUGAUGACUACACCCCUGUAAAUAUUGAUGGUGCUCAUGCCCGAAGAGCUGAUGACGUACAACAAGGACAAGACUUGGAAUUUCAACUUCCAACCAAAAUAAUUCUUACUGGGCAAAAAACAAAAACAUUGCACAAAGAAGAGCUGAACAUGAGUAAAACUGAAAGAACUAUUCAGCAAAAUAUUGUAGAGCAUGCACCUGUAAUGCAGAAACGAAAAACUGAAAAAUUGAAGCAAGUGCAAAAAGGAUCAACUAGAACUGCUUCCCCUGGUGCUGUUUCUGAGGGGACAUCCUCUGCACCAGCUACCCCUACCAAGACUCCCUAUUCCCCAACAUCUGCAAAAGAAAAGAAAAUACGCAUAACGACAAAUGAUGGCCGACAGGCCAUGCUUACCUUGAAGUCCUCAACCACGUUUCUAGAAUUACAAGAAAGUAUAGCCAGAGAGUUGCAUAUUCCUCCUCAGUUGCAAAGUAUUCGCUUUGGCUUUCCUCCAAAAGAACUUGCGCCACCGAAAGAAGGGCAUGAAAAUGAACCUGUUCCUUUGCUCCAUGGAGAUAAAGUAACUGUAGAGAUCCUCAAAGGGAAGGAGGAUAGUAGCCAGACUUCUUCAUUGCACUCAGCCCAUGUUGUAAAACAUGAUGAUGUUGCAGUUACUAGUAAAAUCUCUUCUAAGGAACUCCAAGAGCAAAUUGACAAGGAAAUGUACUCGUUGUGUCUUCUAGCAACAUUUAUGGGAGAAGAUGUGUGGUCUUAUGCAAAGGGACUUCCUCACUUGUUCCAGCAGGGUGGUGUGUUCUACAAUAUAAUGAAGAAAACAAUGGGUCUGGCUGAUGGUGAACACUGUACAUUUCCACACUUGCCUGGUAAGACCUUUGUAUACAAUGCAGCAGAAGACAGACUGGAACUUUGUGUGGAUGCUGCUGGGCAUUUCCCUGUGGGUUCAGAUGUUGAAGACCUGGUUAAGGAGGCAUUAAACCAAGUGCGAGCAGAGGCUUCUUCAAGAAGCAGGGAAGCAAGUCCUUCACAUGGACUCCUAAAAUUAGGUAGUGGUGGUGUAGUUAAAAAGAAGUCAGAGCAACUUCACAAUAUAACUGUGUUUCAAGGAAAAGGCCAUUCUUUAGGGACUGCAGCUGGAAGUCAGCAGCUUCAUCAAAGAGCUAGGGAAGUCCCUCUUACAAGAAAACAAAGCACAGGCACAGACUUUAGUCCCAGUUCUGCUAAAUCUGAGCCUUCUGUGUACACAAGUGAUUCUGGAAACAGUGAGCUUAUACGGAUAGCUCCUGGAGUAGGAACAAUGAGAGAUAGCAGGCAGCUUGAUCCUAAUUUGAUUGAGGCACAGCGAAAAAAAUUGCAGGAAAUGGUUUCUUCAAUUCAAGCUUCAAUGGACAGACACCUGCGGGAUCAGAAUACUGAGCAGUUGGCAGCAAAUGAUUUCUCUCAAAGGAAAUUGGAUGUAGCAAGUUCAUCCAUUAAAACAAGGAGCCCUCAGACUGGUUUGUCUGAAUCAUUUACUUUAUCAAGUGGUAGUGGACAUCUGAAUACAGAAACAACUGAUAGUAACAUGUCAAAUGCAGUGGGAACAGCUUUCUCCACAAGAUCAAAAGUGCAAAAAGGAAAUUCUGUUGAAGAACCAGAAGACAUGGAUAGUCAAGAUGCAGAGAUCACUAAUACAACUGAGCCAAUGGAUCAUUCAUGAAUAUUAACAGCAGAUAAAGAUACAAGAGAUUAUUGUGCAAAUGUAAUGUUUGUUGGCUGGGCCACAUAAAUUUAGUCCUUGAAUCUUGUAUGUUUCAAAGAUUAUAUCUUACUCAUUGCAUGAUAACAAGUGUGUGAUAGACAAUAGCUUUUAAUAUGCCAUUCUGCUGCCCAGGUUAGCUCUCAGUUACCUGUAAAUUAGUUAUUAGGAUAUGCACUGAGAUGAAUAUCUGCUGUAGAGGUGGGUUUUUGUGAGGGUGGGGGUGGGGGUGGAGGAGUAAUUUGAAUUCCAUUAAGUCUUAAUCUUCCAGACCAUGUGAAAACAUCACGUUUUUCAGAUUAAUAUGCGAAGAUUAAACCUGACAAAUACAGUGUGUUUUGCCAGGUAUUGUUCCACUCAGAAUUAAAGCAUUCAGAGACAUUCCCUAAUACUUGAAGACUCGUAUUCAUUUAGAUUUGCAGGUUUCUCAAAAUACCCAAGUAUAUUUUCUGAGAUCUCUUUAAAGUUAUAAACUUAAGGGAAUGGCAGGAGAAUGAGCUAUACACUAUAAGAUGAAGUUAAUGCAGGGUGAUGUAGUCAUGCAUGGCAGUCUCAGCCAGCACAGCUUUUUCAUUGCUCAAUUGGCAAGUGGUUGGGUGCAUGUUAAGUUUUCAACUGGUAUGGUACCAUGGUGUACUUUUACAUUGCCAAGACAGUAGUAGACAAGUAUUUUAAGGAGCUACAGCAGAUUAAUAAAUUGUUUUUGUGCUGGAAGAUUUUGAUAAGUAAUUGUUGGUCAUCUGUGCUGGCUGUAAACAUUUUCUGAGCAUGGUGAAUUAAUGGAAGUUUCAUCAGAGGCUUCUCAGUGGCAUAAAGUUCCUUUUAAAUUCCAUGGAAAUGAGAAAUAACUAGUGUUCAAGGUGCCACUUUGAUUAAACCAUCAUCCACUUAAGCAGGAUGUUCAUCAGUUCUUCAGUGCUAAUUUUUAAGAAGCAGCCAUUGUGUUUACUCCAGAUACAGAUAGAAUGUUUAUCUUGAUACUAAUGUUGCACUUUUGCCUCUUUGCAUAUUUUAUGUGCAUUAUUACUGCUUCAUCUGAUAAAUAAACUUGAAAGGGUGAAAGAUUUACAUUACAGAAGAAAUAUAGAAUAGAAUAUUCAAGCACUUAGUUUUUGGAGCAGUGUUUGCCUGGACAUGAAUUUUACCUGGUCCACAAAUACAAGUUUGUUGUAUUAAUGUUUGUAUUCAAAAACAUGCUUACACUUUCUGCACUUAUAAUCAUUCAAGAAAACUCCAAGCAAUGCUACAAUUGAAUAUCCCAAUUAAGGGAAGCUUUAUUUUUUUACACAGGUAAUUAACUGAAGGUACAGCUGCUUCAGUUCAUUCAAGUAUAUUAAUCCAUUUGAACACUGUUUUUGUUUCUCUCAUACAGGGAACACAUUUUAUCAUUUAGUACACAGCUUAUAUAUAAAACAUACAAAAAUACUUUCAUGAAUAAAUUAGUUUAAAUACACAAUCUUGCUAUUUUUGUUGUUUAAUUUGAUCAAACAUGGGUUACAUAUGAUUUUUUAGACUUGAUCACACUGAGAACACGGUGCUUGCUGCUCUGUACAGAAAGCCACUGUAACUUCUAGUAAAUACACAACUAAGUUUAUGGUCAUUACCCAAAGAAGCUGUUGAUGCAUCCAUAAAGGAUUGUGCUUGGCUAGGAGAACUUUUUGGCACAGGAAUACUUUUGUCAGAUUUCAUACCUAGCUUGUAAUAUGGUUGGUGUGAUGAAAGUGGCUGUGUUUUCUCUGACAGAGGCAUUUGCAGUGGAUAUCUAAAUUAUUUUGAAAACUGGUUUAACUACUGUAGCUUCCAUUAAAUAACUCUCAAAAUAGCAGUACUAUAGGUAUGAGGUAAAUUCUUUAUUGUUGACUUAUAGCAACUUCACAGAACUACAAUUGCCAAAAUUCUUCUGUGGAGAACCAAGGCAUUUUAGAGCUGGCUUAAACUUUUAUCAUGAAUAUACUGCCUGAUGGCAGCAUUUUAUAACAAAAAUAUGAUAGUGGUUCUGUGUACUAUAGAAAAAAGGGUAUCAAUAUAAUCUACUCAAGAUUCUCACAUACAUCAGCAAGAACUGUGAAGCUGGAGCAUUAUGGAUGAAUAAUUUAAGCUGGUUUUCUUGACUAGUAGCUUAUACUUUUCCUCUCUCUUGUAGAACUUUGCCUGCAUGAUGUUUUGAGCCUUUUCUCCUAGCCAGGAAACUACAGUACCAGUUAUUUCACUUUUGUAUCCUCUCUUUUGCAUGUUUUAACAUGUGCAAAAGAGAGGAUACAAAAGUGAAAGACUUUCACAGUGCUUAUUUCUGAAAUGAAAAUAUUCUAUGCUUAGAAGAUGUAUGAAAAUCUUGUUUUUGUGAGUGUUUGGGAAAAGUUGAAUCUAAAAUCUAAAGUUAAAUAUUUUAUGAUUGUGCACUCAGUAUGUAGCUGAUCCCCAUCAAAGUUUUGAGACUGAAAUCCACAAAUAAAUGCUGAUUUCCUAUUGACCUCAAUAGCAUUUACUUGCAAUUUAGUUGCUGAAUUUAGUUCGGUUAAGCACUGAUUGCAAGAUUGCCACUUUAUUGAGAGUCCUAUUUAGUAAAUUUAUGAAAAAUGUUUAACCUGGUUAGCAGAGUAUUAAGAAUUUCUGGAGUGUCUUUCCUUUGUCUAUUAUUUGCUAGUCAUGUGUGCACGCACAUGCAUGCACACAUUUAGUUUAAUCACUGAAGCCCAUGAUUUAUCAAAUCAAAGACUGUUUAUGAAAUUAAAGACAAACAUGCUUGACCUUGAACAGCAAAGCCAUUUCUUGUAUAUAUAGUAAAAUGAAUGGGAAAGAGGUCUUCCAUAGUAGCAGCUUUUGAUAUACCAGUUUGCUGAGGAGAUCUCAGAUCCUGUAGAAUCAGAGGAGAAAACAAUUUAAAGUGCAUUUUAGAAAUUGUUUAAAUAAAGCAUUCUCUUGGCUUUCCAUUUAGAUCUAAAAGUGUUUUACGGUAGAUGAUGUACCCUGAUUACAGUACUGUCCUUUUUUAAAAAUCUGGAAAUUCAACUUCAUUACAAUUUUUGAAAACAAACUUAUAGUUGUUCCACAGCUAUAAAAUGGCUCACUCAUUCAAUUUAACUUUUGAAUGUCUGUUCCUUUUACUACACAGAUACAAAAUAAAGUGACAACGUUUAUGUUUUUUUUUU